AUGUCUCGUACCGGAAGGAGUGAGCCACUUCAGUUCGUACAAUUGUAUUACUGUAGUGCUUUGGACAUCACUUACUUGUCCUCGGGUCGAACUCCACCCCGAAAACGACCAACAAAGUCUCUCCUUAAGCACCUUAUAGAUCUUCGUAUGCGGAAUCCGAAUAAUCUCACCUCAAAGGAAUAUAUGGAGAAUGUAAUUGUACUAUUGCGAGCCGGGGACCGACCUGUCAAUGUCGAGCGGUCGUUAGCAGAAGAUGGACUUUCCAUCGCUGCCUCAUUGACCCGCCAGCCUACCAUCGCAGUGAAUUUGUCAUCAGAUUACGUUAAGAAUCUAAAAAAGCUUGUACGAAUGCUUUCUUUCAGUGAGAAAAUUGCCAAUCGCAUUGAUUAUCAUGAUAUGGACAUGCUCAUGAACACGUGGUAUGCAGGAGAGGCUAAAUCGUAUGGUUUCGGCGCUGGCGUCCCCAAAGCUCUCCGUCUUCAUCGGGAUUCUUGGAUCGGUGCUUACUGUAUGGUUCUGCCUAAUUUCAGUGAACCGUCGACGGAUCAAGGGUUUGAUGUGUUCAUGCAGAUUCGAGAGGAUGAGUUUGAGGAGCUUGAAAAGGACGACAAUUUUAUGACAUAUUCCAGUCGUCUUAACUAA